CUCGAGAGAGUCUCUCGGGAGGCUGGACUAGCCACAAGUUGUGGUGAACCAGGGUAAAAACGGUGUGCCUCUUCCUUGCUCUUUACUUUACGCUUUUAAUUUUUACUCCUGCGUCGUUUUUCGUUUCAAAUGCUAUUCACCCCCCCUCUAGCGUUGGGACGUUUUUCUAAUAAUUGGUAUCAGAGCCUAACUCUCUUCCAGACUUAACCGUUUGAGAGGAAUAAGAUCAUGGGCUCUUCUUCUAGAAAUUUGUACGCAGGUAUUGGCGAAGGGCAAUCCACCUCUAGGCCACCGCUUUUUGAUGGCACAAACUACUCCUAUUGGAAGGAACGGAUGAGAAUCUAUAUCCGUUCCACCAACUUCCAAUUGUGGUUGGUCAUCAAAAAUGACGAGCAAAUCCCAAUGAAGAAAGUGGGAGAAACCACCGUCCCAAAGAUCGAGGACGAGUUUGAUGCCAAAGACAUCAAGAAGGUUGAAAACUAUGCAAAGGCCAUCAACAUGCUAUAUUGUGCGGUCAACCCCGACGACUACCGAAAGAUCUCCUGUUGCACAACCACCAAGGAGAUGUGGGACAAGCUUAAAGUGACGUACGAAGGUACCGAUCAAGUGCGUGAAGCCAAGAUCGAUUUUCUCACCCAAGAAUAUGAAAUGUUCCGAAUGAAGGAAGGUGAGAAAAUCGACGACAUGUUUGAUCGGUUCUCAAAGAUUAUAAACGAUCUUCAUGCUCUUAAGAAGACAUAUACCAACAAGGAUCUCGUAAGGAAAAUCCUGCGAAGUCUCAUCCCCGAAUGGAGAUCAAAAGCCGAUGCAAUCUAUGAAUCCAUUGGAGUCUCCAACGUCACCAUCGACGGGCUAAGAGUUUCCGAACAGUCUCACUACGGUAAAUGGGAAGUAGUAUUCUUGGGGUACAAAGCUCUCGGAUUUCAUCGGGCAAUUAUACAUCCUAACUUCGUAAAACGGCUCGGAAUCUUUGCUUAUACAAUGACAGAAAUCCCGCAAUGGGUGAAGAAGAUCUCGGAAGGCCUGAUAAGUGUGGUAAAGUGUGCUAAAGGAGCACAUUCCGUCCAAGUUUGAAGCUUUCCAGCAAAAGUCGAUUCCGUCACUCAAAUAAAAAAUGAUAGGAUUCUUGCAGAUGCAAUACGAGAGUGUCCUACAAGAUUACACAAUAUGAUUUAGUAAAAAAGAACAUAUGUGGACUCUCCAUAAAGAUUUAAUGGUAAU